AUGGUGGCCGCCCAGCCCCUGCAGCUGAAAGGGGUCCUGGGGGGGUCCGUGCUGCUCUCCCCGGCUCUGCCCCCCAACAAGACGGUGAAGGAGAUCGAGUGGAGCUUCUCAGCCGGCGCCGGGGCCACCAUCCAAGUGGCAGAGUUCGGCCCCGGGGGCUUCGAGCGCCCGGACCCCAAGGAUCGGUUCAAGGAUCGGCUGGAGAUGUUCAACGAGACGGCGCUGAGGAUCAGGGCCCUGGAGCGGGGCGACAGCGGGGUCUACGGGGCUCGGAUUAAACUGCACCCGGCGCUGGUGGAGGAUCAGGCCUUCAGCCUCGCCGUCUACGCGUCGCGCGGCCGGCCGAGGUGGUACGUGUGCCUGGUGCUGCUGGCCCUGAGCGCCGGAGCCCUGCUCGGUAUCUUCUGGCUCUGGAGGAAGAAGAGGAGGAAGAAAGCGGCGGAGGGAGCCGCCCUCGGUUCCCUUUCCAGCGAGGACACCGCGCCGGAGCCAGCGUAUGCCGAGAUCCAGAGGAGACCCCCGCCGCAGGCAGAGCAGUGGGUGAGGCUGGGGGCACGGGGCCGAAUUCGGCUCCUGACCCAUCGCGUGGUGAUGCCGGGGACCAUCAGCAGGAGGGAGAAAAAGAAAUCAGGCUGCAGCAUUGUGGAUAAGCCAGAAGGAGGAGGAGGUUAUCAUUUCCCAGAGUGGGCUUACAAGACCGAGUCGAGCCCCGGGUCGCGGCAGAUCCAGCUCUGGCAUUUCAUCCUGGAGCUGCUGCAGAAGGAGGAGUUCCGCCAUGUCAUCGCCUGGCAGCAGGGCGAGUACGGGGAGUUCGUCAUCAAGGACCCCGACGAAGUGGCCCGGCUGUGGGGCAGGAGGAAAUGCAAACCCCAGAUGAACUACGACAAGCUGAGCCGGGCGCUCAGAUACUAUUACAACAAGAGGAUUCUCCACAAGACAAAAGGCAAAAGGUUUACCUACAAGUUCAACUUCAACAAGCUGGUGAUGCCCAACUACCCCUUCAUUAACAUUCGGCCGAAUG